AUCAGGGCAGUUAAAUAAAAAUCAAUCUAGGCGUGUAGACGGACCUGAGAGAUCAAGGUUCGAGCAAAGCAUCUGGAAACAACUUGCAGCCUGAAAGCAGCAGAAGUUCCCCUGGCGGCUCGGCUCAGUCUGCAGGGUCUCCAGCUCUGUCGGCCCGCGGAAGGUUCGGAGGUUUCGUGCGUCAGGGCGCGGUGAGCUAUCAGCGGCUGCACACCAUGGUGAUCCACACCGCUGGGUUUUGUUCCCAGUUCUUUCGGAGGACCGCUGCUUUUUCAGUUCCUCUGAGGGUUUUCCGAACACCAUGGACACGUCAGCCAGGAUUACCCGCUGCAGCUCGGAGCAUCCAUGUGGACUUUCCCCCCAUCGUCCCCACUCUCACCACCAGCUACGUUCAUGGCACGUCGUCCAAGGCGCUGCUCCACGACACGGUGGCAGAGGCCCUGCAGAAGUCCGUGGAGCGCUGGCCCGACAGGGAGGCCAUGGUGUUUCUGGAAGACGGAGUCCGCAAAACCUACGCAGAAUUUCAACAAGAUGUGGACCGGGCUGCUGCAGGACUUCUGGCUCUUGGGCUCAAGAAAGGAGACCGGCUCGGCAUGUGGGGGCCGAACACUUAUGAAUGGGUCUUGUUCCAGUUUGCAACCGCUAAAGCUGGGAUUAUUCAGGUGUCUGUAAACCCAGCAUACCAACAGAUGGAAGUGGAGUAUGCCCUACGGAAGGUUGGCUGUCAAGCCAUUGUGUGCCCUACAGAGUUCAAGACUCAGAAGUACUGCGACAUGUUGAAGAGGAUCUGUCCUGAAAUCGAGUCGUCCAGCCCAGGAGACAUCAAGAGCGCCAGACUGCCAGAGCUUCGCUCGGUGAUCCUCCUGGACAGCAGGCAGCCGGGAAUGUUUCACUUUGACGACGUGAUGCAGGCGGGAGACAGUAGCCAUGUGAAGCAGCUGCAGGAUCUGCAGAACAAGCUCUCUUUUGAAGACCCGAUAAACAUCCAGUUCACCUCGGGUACCACAGGAGCACCGAAAGGUGCCACGCUUUCACAUCGCAACAUCAUCAACAAUGCCUACUUUGUUGGGAAAAGAGUCGGGUACACCUGGAAGUCCCAGCCUCGUGUCUGCGUGCCUGUGCCUCUGUACCACUGCUUCGGCUCUGUUGGUGGAGGGAUUGCUAUGGCCGUGCACGGCCUCAGCCUGGUGUUUCCCUCUGCAGGGUACAACGGAAAGGCCAACCUCGAAGCAAUACAGAGUGAGAGAUGCACUUACGUCUACGGGACACCCACCAUGUAUGUUGACAUGCUUAACCAGCCGGAUUUGGCUAAAUAUGAUUUGUCUUCCAUAGAGGGAGGCAUCAUGGCUGGCUCCCCGUGCCCCCCAGAGCUGGUGAAGAAAGUGGUGCUUCGAAUGGGCAUCAAAGAAAUGACAAUCGGAUACGGCACCACGGAGAACAGCCCAGUGACGUUCCUCGGCUGUCCCCUGGACAACAUGGAGAGGAAGUGUGAGACGGUUGGCUACAUUUUGGACCACGUGGAGGCUAAAAUAGUAAACCCUACAACUGGCCAGAUUGUGCCUCUGGGGACGAAAGGGGAGAUAAUGAUCCGAGGAUACUGUGUGAUGCUGGAGUACUGGUCCGAACAGGCUAAAACACAGGAGUGCAUUACUAAAGAAGGCUGGUACAAAACUGGAGACAUCGGCAGCUUGGACGCUUACGGCUACUGCAAGAUCGACGGCAGGAUUAAAGACAUGCUCAUCCGAGGAGGAGAGAACAUUUACCCGGCAGAGAUCGAACAGUUUCUGCACACGCAUCCCAAAGUGAAGGAGGCACAGGUGGUUGGAGUCAAAGAUCCUCGAAUGGGUGAAGAGGUCUGUGCCUGCAUCAAACUGGUGGACGGCCAGGAGUGCACAGCAGAGGAGAUCAAAGCGUACUGCAGAGGACAGAUCGCCCACUACAAGAUUCCUCGCUACAUCCUCUUUGUGACCAGCUUCCCACUCACUGUUACUGGAAAGAUCCAGAAGCAAAAGCUGCGUGAGGAGGCCGAGAAGCAGCUGAACUGAAGCAGAGGAAAUGACAGACUUCUGUCCUGAACGGAGAGAAUUCAAUUACUGUGUCCAGCACAUAAACUGUAUAUAAAUCGUAUAGCAUAAACUACAAUUUGGAUUAAGCCAAGCUGCCAUCAGAACAAGAUAAAAUGUCUGGAGAAGCAUCUCUGGCAGACAGUGUAAUCCGAAAGCGGACCAGUGAUGGGCAGGAAUCUUUAAACUGUAAUUAGUGGGUCGGGGAUGAAUAACUCCAUCCUGCUGCUUUAAGCUCUUACAAGAAAAAGGCAUUAAUUCGUUUUGUAAAAUGUAACGACGAGAACACAAUUUACUCUGCAUAGAUGUACAGAAUCAGAUCCAGGUUGAAAGCAGCAGCAGGAAUCAAGAUGGAACAUAAAUUGUGAUUUCAUUUUCUUUUGGCUCUGAUCGUCCUGUGAGGCUGAUGUAUGCGGACAACUUGUUGGUCUGCUCAGUUUUUACCCAGCAGCUACAAAACUUACAUUUAUUAUUAUUAUUAUUUUAAUCUCAACUUGAAAUAAACUCUAUUAAAGCCA